AUGGUUGCUCCCGACCACAAUAUUCCUUCGCUCUUUCUCAAUAUAAUGCCAGGCCUGCUUCAUAUACCCGAGGAGCUCCUCCGUUUGAUUGCGUUUAAAUCACUGGAGGUGGAUCGUGUCACGGGCAAACCCGACGCGCGCUUUUCAUGGUUGGGUUUAACGCAAGUUUGUCAGCGUACUCGCAACGUGCUGCUUGCAGACGCCGUUUUCUGGGCACAUAGCGUCUGUCUUACGCCUAACGUCGAGAUGUUACCGACACUCCUUGCUCGCACUCAUGGGGUACCUCUGGAUGUCGAUUUGGAUCUCAUCAAACUUCACCCAUUACUCGAAGGACAUUCUCAAACUUCCAAACGUCUACAAAUCUUUCAACGGCUCAGUUCGCCGGAAGUCGUUAAUCGUGCGCAUAGGAUCCGUUGCCUACGAUGGAUCGGAAUGGUCGGCGACAUGGACCCCAACUUUUGGCGCGUGAGAUUAUCGGGAAAAGAAUUUCGGCAUCUCCGCAUGCUGUCCAUCCAUGUGCCGUCAAAUUCCGAACCUUUGCAACCGUUCGUUGCACCUUCGCUACAACUGCUGUCCAUUCACGGCCCUUGGUCAGAAGAUCAGCAUGUCAUUAGUGUCGAUGUCCUUCUAUCCAUCUGGGACAAAGCCCCGCAGCUCCAGACACUAGAGUUGAAAUACGCACUGACUCAAAGUGCCACCCAACCGCAGGGAGCUCAUGUCGCUCGUGGUCUUCGCGUGCUGCGCUUCAGUUCUCUUCACGAAAGUGCAUGGCUUGCACUUGCUCCACACAUCACCGUACCCAGUUCGGCAGAACUGCGCGUUAACAUCGACUUCCCGAUGACUCUGGACUCCACUUUUUACGCCUUUCGGACGGUGGCGCUCAUUGAGCCGGGCGCGGUCUACGAAGUUCACUUGGAAAGUCUCCCUCGGGGAGCGGCGACUUCUCCGGCAUUCAAGUACUCCGUUUAUAUUGCGGCCUGGGGCCGGGGGACCUCACUACAAGUCUCCAGACGUCGGGAUCCAACACCAUUGUGGACUUGGGAGUACCUGUGCUCUCUACUAUCCGGUUCAACGCGGAGGUUGAUUUUGGGGGUGUCUCCGCACGAGCGCCCAUUCUUCGGACCCACCAGGCGCCAGGGUCCGCCGUUAUUCGAUCUUACAGGCUUUUUGGGGGGGAUGCGUGGGAUUGAGAUGCUUACCAUCAAUGCCAAAGAUAUCAUGGCCGGGGCGCUGGAUCUCUUACCUCGCGGUCACUUGCCGAGGGAGCUGGUGGUUCAAGGGGGCCCCGGAAGGGCAUGUCUGGAUGUCAUCAAAGCCUGGUUGACACGGAGAGAGUCCGAGGAUGGUGCACCGAGCCCUCGUCCUACUCUGAUUCUUUGCCAUGGUGUGAUUGAGAAACCUCACCGCAGAGACACGCUCGCAUUAUCUUCAGUCUGCUCCGAGAUUCGUGAUGAAAGAGUAUUGCGUCUCGUAGAGAUUGUAGACUAA